GAGGGGGAUGCCCGUGCCCCGGUGCCCCUGGCCACGCUGAAGCCCUCUGUGCUGCCCAUGACCACCCUGGUGGGAGUGGAGCUGACCCCUCCGGUCACCUUCCACCUGAGAGCUG